AGCAGCCGAGCCGUCUGGGUUCUGCUGUUGUGAAAAUGUUUGGACGAGGCGCGGUGCUCUGCCUUUAGUUGAUGCCUCUGUGAAAUUGUCUCCUUUUCAUCCAAGUUUGGCUGAGGACCGUGAUCUCCGUCAGCUGCGGAUGUCCCUGACCAAUUCAAGCGUCUUUUUGCUCAACGAGGGUUCAGCCGAUUCCUACACUAGUCGACCCUCGGAUUCCGACCUGUCCCUGGAGGAGGACCGGGAGGCGUCUCGGCGUGAAGCCGAGCGCCAGGCUCAGCUACAACUAGAAAGAGCCAAGUCAAAACCAGUAGCAUUUGCAGUAAAAACGAAUGUGAGUUACUGUGGGGCCCUCGAUGAAGAUUGUCCAGUCCAAGGUGCCGCUAUUAACUUUGAAACCAAAGACUUUCUGCACAUAAAAGAGAAAUACAACAAUGACUGGUGGAUCGGGAGGCUGGUGAAGGAAGGGGCAGACAUCACGUUCAUCCCCAGCCCAGUCAAACUGGAAAACAUGAAGAAAGCAGGGAACUCUGGAGGCUGGAGGUCCACCCCACCAUCUGCAGCCAAACAGAAGCAGAAACAGACUGAACAUGUCCCUCCGUAUGAUGUGGUGCCGUCUAUGAGGCCAGUCGUGUUGGUGGGUCCUUCGCUAAAAGGUUAUGAGGUAACAGACAUGAUGCAGAAAGCCUUGUUUGACUUCCUUAAGCACAGAUUUGACGGCAGGAUCUCUAUUACACGGGUGACUGCUGAUCUGUCGCUGGCGAAGCGUUCAGUGCUGAACAAGAAGGCCAUAAUGGAGAGAUCCAACACACGCUCCAGUCUGGCUGAGGUCCAGAGUGAGAUAGAGCGGAUCUUCGAGCUGGCCAAGUCUCUUCAGCUGGUCGUCCUGGACGCAGAUACCAUCAACCACCCAGCGCAACUCCUCAAAACCUCCCUGGCUCCCAUCAUCGUCUAUGUCAAAGUCUCCUCACCUAAAGUUCUUCAGAGGCUGAUAAAAUCUCGAGGGAAGUCGCAGAGCAAACACCUAAACGUGCAGAUGAUGGCAGGAGACAAGCUGGCUCAGUGUCCACCUGAGAUGUUUGAUGUUAUCUUGGAUGAGAACCAGCUGGAGGAUGCAUGUGAACACCUUGCAGAGUAUUUGGACAUUUACUGGCGCGCUACGCACCUCCCCUCUGCAGCCCCUGUCAACCCCUUACUGGACCAAAGCGUGAUCACCCCUCCCUCAGCUAACUCUAGCCAACAGUUCUCUGAGACUCAAGAGUUGAUAGAAUGAUCGUCACCACAGACAGAGGAGCAGCCAGUGCUGUCGGCUGGGGUCAGACAAAGAGGUCAUAGAGCACAGGGACCAGGGCGCCACCAGGGGGCAGCAGCGGCCCUCAUCUCUCCACAGCCAGCCACCAUCUUCUCUGGCCACACCUGGGGUGAAGACGAGAACAAGACAGUCCCCAAGAGAGGAAGAGCAGGAUGAUAGUGUGCAGGAGGAUAAACACAAACAGGGACAGGAGGUGGAGGAGGAUGAUUUGAGGAGCCUCCACCUCACUGCUGCCCCCUCGGCAAGAGCUCCCUGCUCCCAAAGGCACGCGACAACUCAGGGCCACUUUCUACAGCUGCACGCCUUCUGGCAGCAAAACCAGUACGGCAAUGCAGUCACUGACUAGCACGCCACCGUCCCCUGUCCUAACCUGGUUCCCUAUUCCUUGCUUUCACACUGGAAAUCACUUCCCUCCCACCUGGUAAUGCUGAGCCAGCCCAUGUGUGUUCAGACACACUGUGGUGGCUGUCACAGACACAAAUAGGCUGAUCCAGAUUACACACAUGUGAAAUCAGUCUUUGUGGGCAUACAGUACUGUAGCAUAGAAAGGCUAUCAGUGUGACACUAAAACAAAUAUGAGUUGAUUCCCUUCAUAGGAUUCCCAGGGUCAUUUUCUCUGCCCCUCUUUGAUAAACCUGCUGGCCAAAGAGUGCAGAGAGCGACAGAAAACUAUUUCUGUAUGUCUUCCAUGUCUGCAGUUCUCUGUGAGCUGUCAUCCAAGUUUAACCAAAUGUUUUCUGAAAGGCACAAAUGUAUCUAACAGAGUCCACCUGUGUUGGGAUGCCUUUUUUUUUUUUAAAUCACUGGUUUUCUUAAUCAGUUUAUCCAGUAGCCUUUAUUAUGAUUUUCAUCUUAUCUAUUUAUUUUUUUAACAUAAAUAUGUAUCGGCAACUACUACAUCUAAGUAUAAUUUAUAUCCUGGUUGUCACUAUAGCUGAUCACAUAUCUGUACGCAACAGUAAUGCAAAACCCAUGCAUGACAAGCACACAGACUUGCACAUCAGUCUUUAUGCAUCUUUGUCACAGCUGUGAAUGUAUUUAUGCUGGUCCGUCUAUCUGAGGCUGCUGAAGGAUUAUUUACAGCAAGUGUGGUUUCGUUCCAGGUUUUGGGGGCAAAUCUUUUUACCUAAAUGAAUAUGCAAAUCGCUAUUAAGAGAGAAAAAAAAAUAAUUUAAGAGACAAAAUGCAAGAGAGAAAUCAAUUUAUUUUUUUUACUUUAUAAAGGUAAAUUUACAGUCAGGACAUGAUGAUUUGGAUUGCUUGUAAAACAUCAAAUCACCUUAAAGAACAGAUUUGCUGUAAUUUCAAACAUUUAAAACUAAUGAUGUAAUACAAUAGUUAAUAAUUAACACAUCUGAUAUAUCAUAUGAUCACAAACCAAACAGACGAGAUCAUAGUAUUUAUAGUAAGUCCUGUCAUUUACAUUUCACACAUUCUUUUUACUCAGUUCUAUUAUGUAUUUAUUCCAGAGGUUCUCUUGCUGGUUCAGCUACAUAGAAGUGGCUCAGUUACAAUAAUUCUUUCUAUCACCUAAAAGCAAAUUUAAGAGUCAAAUAAAUGAGUGUUCCUAAUAAGCCUAGCAGAAGGAAAUGAUUCCAUUAUACACAUGAAAAGCCUGUUUACUGAGGGGAUGGACUGUCAGUGCACAGACAGUGACCUCUAGUGGUAUAUUUAGGCUACUACAGGUCUUAAUAUUUACAGCUUAUUCUGUUGCAAAUUGCAAACACAUACAAAAAUAUGCAUACGUUUAGAAAAUGCACAAAUUAUAAUUUAAAUAUCCUGCAGACACCUUGAACUCUAAUAUGUGUAGCCGCUAACUGUCUUACUUAUGUUUAUUAAAUCAUCACUUUUGUGUCAUGCAUUCAAAUAUUCACCAAAAUUACUGCGUCGUAGUGAGAAAUUCAGCCAUUAAUGCAGCUGCUUUUACCAUGAUAAACUAUACAACUCAGCUAACAUACCACGUGUAUAUAAUCUAAUGUAUGUGCAUGACAUAUGUAUUCCUGUUUCAUCAGAAGGGCUUUUAGGACCAUCCUCACGUGAGCCAUUCACUCUUCAAAGUUAAUCAACAUGACCUACAUUAUAACCAGUCACAUGUACUUUACAUGUAUUAUCAAGGCUUAGCUGUAUAUACUGUAUAUGCAGAUUAUUAUUAUUAUUAUUAUUAUUAUUAUUAUUAUUAUUAUUAUUAUUAUUGCACAGAAGCAACAAAUGCUGGCUGGAAGUAGAAGGGUUUAGUCACUGCACACAGUUCUAUCUUCAACGCCUCAGAAAGCAUGUGUUUAUAUGUAUUUUCCUCUCUUUUUUAAACAAUGCACUGCAGUUAUUUAGGACCACCAUAAAAAUCGCUUCAACUGACACCCACAUCCAUUUCUGAAGGACCAGGUCUGAGAACGACAUACUUGAUGAAACACAGAGAGCACAGUACCUUCUUUGGAUAUAAAGUUCAGCUCCCCCUAUUUCCUUAAUUUUUAUUGCAAUUUAUACAAAAAGGGUAAAUUAUUCUUUGGACAUCUGAAGCACAAUUUUUUACGUUAUUGUUUCCUAUUGCGUUUCACUUGCCUAAAUUCUGUAUGCAAUACAAAGUCUAGCAUUAACAGACACUAGCUGAGACUAUCAAGAUAUCUCCUCAGUUAUGAUGGGGUAUAAUUGCACUACUAUCAUUUAUAUGUCUGCUUUACAAUGCAAUAAAUGCACAAAAUUUUAUGCUGUACCCACCUCCAAUACUGAGCAAGCUGUCUGGUCUAAUGAUGAUGUCAACAUUUCCUGUGGUUUCUGAAAAGUCAACAAGUGAAAUGAUGUCCAACAGUGUCUGAUGAUGACGAUGAUGAUGAUGAUGAUGAUGAUGAUGAUGAAGAUGUGUACAGGGUGCAUCUGUUGUCAAUUCCACAUUUGAAAAAAGGGGGUGAAUAUAAACAUUUAAAUAAA